AUGUCGACCAACAACAACAACAACAACACUCCAGGAGAAGGAGAGGGCGCCGUCUCCGACCACGCCCUUGCAGAGCGACUCGCAAAGCUCAAAGAAACAGGCGCUGCUGCAAUGCCAUGCAGUGACCAGGAUCUUGCCUUGCACUUCUCAAAGGUCUUUGGCCACUCGCCCGCCGCAACCCACCUCAGUCCACUACCUCAGGAAGGGUCACAGUACCAAUGGGGUCAAGACGGGAACACCUACCACAAUAGCAACAAUGAGAAGAAUCUCAACCCUAGUGGGUCUAUGCCUACGGAUGUCUUGGGAUCUGCAACCUCUCAAAAGACCAUGUCGUCAUAUUUUAUCCCAAAGGACUCUAUGCUCGACCAAGACGAGAUUGACAAGAUUUUGGCAGAUUCGGAAGACUUGCUGGUGGACGGGAACGACCAGGACAACUUGGACUUUCUGGACGACCUGGAUACACUCAGUGCCGGUCAAAAGCAAGAACUUAAAACGACACUGUCCAACAACAACAGCAAUAGGAAAGUGGGAGAUGAACAGGAACUUGAAAAUGUGACUAAGGAUCUGGAAAAGACUCUCUCAAAGUUCUUGCAGAACCAUCAACCACCCGCAUCAGCUUUCAACGACCACCACAGUCAUAAUAGUUCUCAGUAUGGUGAUGAGGGUCAAGAAUCAAAUCAGGAACGCGCUUUUGGUGACCAGUUGGAUCGAAUGGCGGGAGUGUCACUUUCGACGGACAGAGGCGGUUUCGGAGGGGGCGAUGAUGAUGAUGAAGCGUCUCGGUUGAUCACGCAGUUGAGGGAGGAGGCUCAGUUGGAGUCCAAGUAUGGGAACCUGGACGAGACACAGAUGAAGGACUUGCAUUCGAGGAACGAGAACCUCCAGAAGGGUAGUCAGGGCUUGUCGUCUGUUAGGUCUAAUGCCUCCAAGGCAUCGUCAACGGAUACUGAUGGACUGGGGCCUCCACCUGCCGCGGUUGGACUGGACGAGUUGCGGUCUGGAGGCAUUGAUGAUAAUGAGAACCCAGACAACUGGUGCUGUAUGUGCAAUGAGGAUGCCACGUGGACAUGUCCAGGAUGCGACAACGACCACUACUGCGAAGAGUGUUUCCGGGAGAGUCAUAUCGGACCAGAGGCCGACUGGGAGAUGAAGAAGCAUCGUCCAAGACCCUUUGUGAAGGCAUCUGCUAAAUAA